AUGAAGCUCCUCGUAACAUCAUUCUGGUUCUUCUCGUGCAACCUUUUCUACGUUGAAGCGGAAGUGGGCGAAAAUGGCCAUUUCCGUGGGCUCGGUCCUGUGAACGGCGAUCCUAACGACAAAUACUAUCACAUGCAGAAGGCUUAUCUUGAGGCCAUCUCUAUACCAGAGGCUUGGAGUAUCCUGGAUCCCAUUGCCAAGAGAAGACCUGUGACCAUCGCAGUUAUUGACGAGGGAAUCGACGCUAAUCACCCUGACUUGGAGGAUACCGUCAUCAAGGGCUAUAACGUCGUUGAUAAGAAUUAUGAUACCCGUCCUCGAGGACCGCAUGGAACCAUUAUGACUGGCAUUGUUGGUGCCAUCAGAAAUAACAAGAUUGGUUUGGCGGGUAUUCUGGACAGUGUGCGCAUACUGCCCAUAUUCGAUGGUAAAGCUCCGACUUUUCCCGCACUCGUGGAUGCUUUCACCUACUUGAUCAAUAAGAGGAGAGAUGAUGUGAACGUUAUUCUCAUGACGGAGGUAUCCGAACCAAGUUCCCAAGCCGUAAUCGACAAGAUUUUGGAAGCGGCUGCAGCUGGCAUGCUCGUUGUCGUCGCGGCAGGGAAUGACCGGGCGGAUCUGGACAUAAACCCAUACUUCCCUUGUUCCUUUGACCGCUCACCCACUGAUGGUGUGUUAUGUGUGGCUGCAACGCACGGUGCCGAAAUGGAGCUUUUGAGCACAAGCAAUUUUGGUUCAGCUGUUGACAUCGCCGCUCCAGGUAACGAAAUAGUUUCUACCACUCUUGGAGAGGAGUACGUCGAAGUUCGGGGCACUUCGGCUGCCGCCGCCAUCGUAGCAGGUAUAGCUGGGAUGCUCUACAGCCUUGAACCUUCUCUGAAGACCAAGCUGACCCCUGCUUACAUCAAAAGUAUCAUCAAGGAUACGGCCACCCAAGGUCUCAAGGACAGUAAAGGGGUAGAGACCCUUACCUUCGGCCGCGUAAAUGCUGCGGCGGCUGUCAAGAAGAUACUUGGAAGGAAGAAGGUUUAA